GCGUAGCUGAUAAAGAAGCCAUCCUGUCCCAAGUCCUGUCCCAGACCCGCUGUCCUGCCUGGCAAACAUGUUCUCUUCCAAGUUCCUAUGAAACCCUCUUACCUCUCCCACGGUCUAGUCCAGAUCAGCCAGAGUACACCAGGGCUACCUUGAUCUCAAAGCCAGCAUUCCUGCAUGGUCAUUUGCUGGUAAUACUGUCCAGGGUCACAGAGAUGGCUUCCUAGAGGAGGUACUAUGCAAUAAAGUCUCCAGUCUCAUCUAUAUAUCCAUCAGCCUGAAGAUUCCAGGCAAACAUGGGGCACUCCCAGAGAGACAUAACCUUCAGUGUGCUCCUGGGAGCCACAGUACUAUCAGGAGUCAUUGCCCUCAUCCUCUUUCUUGUGGAUGGCUCAGACAUCUUCCUGCCUCCAGAGACCAAGUAUGGGAUGGUGUUUGAUGCUGGAUCCUCGCACACGUCUCUGUUCGUCUACAAGUGGCCAGCAGGCAAAGAGAAUGACACCGGCAUCGUGAGCCAGGCUCUGUUCUGUAACGUGGAAGGGCCUGGGAUUUCUCAAUACGUCAAUGACCCAGCAAAUGCUGGGGAGAGCUUGAGGCCUUGUAUGGAGAAGGCGCUGGCCCUGAUCCCAGAAGACAAGCAUGAGGAGACUCCCACUUUCCUUGGGGCCACAGCAGGGAUGAGACUUCUGAGAGAGAAGAAUAGUUCCCAGGCAGAUCGGAUCUUUGAAGAAAUCAGCAAGGUCCUGGGCCAGUUCCCUGUCAGUUUCCAGGGGGCCCAAAUCCUGACCGGGAAUGAAGAAGGCUCCUUUGGCUGGAUCACUGUUAACUACGUCCUGGAGACCCUGGUGAAGUAUACCUUUUCAGGGGAGUGGAUCCAACCUCCUAUGGCCCAGAUGGUGGGAGCCCUAGACCUGGGUGGAGCUUCAACACAGAUCACCUUCCUUCCACUUGACCCCAUCACUGACCCAAGCACUGAGGCCACCUUCCACCUCUAUGGGUACAAUUACAGUGUCUAUGCACACAGCUAUCUGUGCUAUGGGCAGAACCAGAUGCAGAAACGGCUCCUGGCACAUUUGGUGCAGACCAGUUCUUCUGAAGUGGUCCGGAACCCAUGCUAUCAUGCUGGAUAUGAGACUACACUGUCUCUGGCCGACCUAUAUGACACGCCUUGUAUCAAGAACUCCCAGAACUUUCACCCCACACAGAGCGUCAAGGUGGAGGGGCUAGGAAACCCAGAAGUUUGUUACUCUGCCAUCUAUAGUCUCUUCAACUUCUCUACCUGUCUGGGCCGGGAAAACUGUGCUUUUGAUGGCAUCUACCAGCCUCAGCAGCAUGGCCAGUUCUAUGCAUUUGCUGGAUUCUAUUACACUUUCAACUUCUUGAACCUCACAGGCGGCCAGUCUUUGCACACUGUGAAUGUGACCAUUUGGGAAUUCUGCCAAAAGUCCUGGAAACAGGUCGAGGCCAGCUACCCUGAUGAGAAACAAAGGCUACACAACUACUGUACUAAUGCUAUGCACAUCCUCAUCCUCCUGACCAAUGGCUACAAAUUUGAUAGUGAAACCUGGAACAACAUCCACUUCUACAAACAGGCUGCAGGUACAGACAUUGGCUGGACCCUGGGCUACAUGCUGAAUAUGACCAACAUGAUUCCGGCUGAGGCGCCAGGCAUUUAUCGGGCAGAAAGUUAUGGUGUCUGGGUUACUGGUGUCUUCUUUAUUGUCCUGGCCAUUGUAAUAAGCCUUGUGGCUGGAGUCAUCUACUGCUUUUGGAGCCCUGACUAGGAUUCAGACUUAAAUCACUGUGAUGACCAUCCUUGGGGUGGGCCAAAAGGAACCCGAUUCUGAGCUUCUGAUAAGCCCAAGACUGGCUCAUUUAAAUCCUGGGGGAACCCACUCCAUCCCAGCCUGGGGACCUCAAGGUCUAGGGUGGGGAACUUCUGUCUGACAGACUUUUGAAGUUCCUUUUGGAUAUCCUGACCAUUGUGUUUAUAUAUAUAUGUUUUCUGUGGGUAACUCUAGGCCUCAGUCAGUUCUCAGGAAGGGACUGGGCUUGGGGUGAUGGUAUUUGAGUAUCAAUUGAGGGAAAGAGUGAAAGUCUAGGGGCUGAAGUUGGGGUAUGGGAGUGUGACUGUUGGGAGGGAGAGGACUGGGAGAAGAGGAGAGAUGGCAAGGUGUAAUGAGCAAAGAAUUUGAUUGAAGAUUCAGGACACCUAAGUCCUACUGCUGCCUCUGCAAUCAACCAGUUGUGUGACCAGGGGCAAGUCAUUUUCUCUUUUGGAGUCUGUGUUAUUUUUUUAUCUGUAAAAUGAGGGGGGUUUGGACUAGAUGAUCAUUGAAGUCUAGAAUGAUUGAAAGCUCCGAUUUUCCAGAAGGGAAUUUGGAGACAACUAAGUGUCCCUGGAAUAUGCCCUCGUGCUGUUAUCAAAGGUGGGCCCGAGCCACCAAAGACAGGCGGGAGGUGCGCAGCUUCUUUAGCAACAGCCACAUCCCUGGGUUUGCUUCCGGCUUCUCUCUUGCCUUGGAGCAGCCCCAGUCAAAGAGUUCCAGGUUGAGGAUGUUUGUGUGUACUCCUCUCCCCAUCUAGAUCUGGUUGAACUUGUCCUACAGAAUUUGCUCACCUUGCUUCCCUCUCAGUCUUCAAAUCCCAGCCUUUUGACACUAGCUGCCAUUCUACCUCUGUACAUUAAUCUCUGUAUAUCGUCUUCCCCAUCAGACUGUGAGCUCCUUGAGAGCAGGGACUGUCUUUUGCCUUUUGUUGUAUCCUCAGCUCUCAACACAGUGCCUGGCACAUAGUGGGUGCUUAAUAAAAGCUUGUUGACUGA